AUGGAGUCCUCCUUGGGGAUUGGAAGCGAGGAGUGCUUGGCAACUGUAAGAGGUCUGGAGUUGAGGGAUGGCCAGAAGGAGCCCAGACUGCUGUCACUAAUUGAACGUGGUGGACAAUUUAUACUCGGUGUGCUGGCAACCCCUGACGCAGUCGUGGCCCGUCCAGUGCCCCAGCUCUCCAUACCUAUUAAUGGAAAAUUUGAAAUUGUUAAAGAGGGUGAGGAAGCUCUUCUCAUUGACUUCUCCUUAGUCACCGGACUCAAGAUACGAAUAAAAGGAGAAAAAGCUCCAGAACUCUUGCUAGAACUCCAGGAUGAUGAACGCACGCAGACUUUUCUCACCCAAGUGAUUAGCGCUCAACAACAAGUUCAAUUGAAUCCCACCAAGCCCGGCGAAAUGGAUCCCCUUGCACAAGUUCCACAAAGUAGAAGUAGAGUCCCCACCCCACCUCAGAGAGGACAUAAAACUGCCAACUGUGUGGACUCGGGAGUAAACGUGCCCACUUCGACAAGCACACUGCCUUCCGCUCUCAAUAGCAGCGCAACUACACAUAAGACUAAUACAGUCCAUUCUCUGGCCUCGGACUUCGGGUUCGAGGACAACUUCAAUCACACUUUAAAAGUAGAGGAAAAGAAGAACCACCAAAACAGGAUAGUCGCUUCCAGGGAUCCUCCUCCCGUGCCUCCUCUGCCUCCUCGCAAAGCCUCCUUCACGCCAUCUUAUCAGCUGCCCCCUACGCCCAUCCCUAAGGAGCGAGCAACCUCCCUGACCAAAGAUAACUCCACUGCUAUCACCAGACCAGACAAUUUUAGGUCGAACUUCGAUCGGGCGGACAGGUCUCCGUCGUGGUGCGAGAGUCCCACCACAAACACCAUGAGACAAGCUUUGUUCUCCACUCAGGCCGGACAAAGAGAAUAUGUCAUCAAACAACGCUUGGGAAAGAAAGAAAACGAAUAUGUAGACAUACAGAAUUUUAGGUUCUUCAGUGGUACGUGGAACGUCAAUGGGCAGUCGCCAGACUGCAGCCUUGAAUCAUGGCUCUCUUGUGACGCGGAACCUCCUGAUAUUUAUGCUGUGGGUUUUCAAGAAUUGGAUCUGAGCACUGAAGCGUUUUUCUACAUGGACUCAUCCAAGGAGCAACUGUGGGUGGAAGCGGUUGAAAGAGGCUUACACCCUAAAGCACAAUACAAGAGGGUUCGCAUCAUUAGACUGGUUGGGAUGAUGCUGGUGGUUUUCAUCAAUAAGAUCCACAGGAAUCACAUAAAAGAAGUGGCCGCAGAACAUGUCGGCACCGGAAUAAUGGGCAAAAUGGGAAACAAAGGAGGUGUGGCGGUGAGGUUUGUGUUCCACAAUACCAGCUUCUGUAUCGUCAACUCUCAUCUGGCGGCACACGUGGAGGACUUUGAGCGGCGCAACCAGGACUAUAAAGACAUUUGCGCCCGCAUGACCUUCCAUUUACUGGACCACCCCCCUAUUAGUAUCCACAAGCACGAUGUGGUAAUCUGGUUGGGUGAUUUAAACUAUCGCCUCUUCAUGUAUGACGCCUCUGAGGUCAAGUAUUUAAUUUCCCAGAACGAGCUGAAGAAGCUUCAGGAAUUUGAUCAGCUGAACAUUCAACGCCAGACCAGACGAGCCUUCACUGACUUUAUGGAAGGAGAAAUCAACUUCAUCCCUACUUACAAAUACGAUUCUAAAACAGACAGAUGGGACUCAAGCGGGAAGUGUCGAGUUCCGGCGUGGUGUGACAGGAUCCUGUGGCGGGGCAACAAUGUCAAGCAGCUCAAAUAUCGCAGUCACAUGGAGCUGCAAACAAGUGACCAUAAACCAGUCAGUUCCAUCUUCAAGAUGGGGGUGAAGGUGGUCAACGAGCAGCGCCACAAAAAAGUAUUUGAGGAGAUUGUUCGGGCCAUGGACAGAAUGGAGAACGAUUUCCUGCCUUCUGUGUCUUUGAGCCGGAGAGAGUUCGCAUUUGAGAAUGUGAAGUUCCGGCAGCUUGAGAGGGAGCGUUUGCUUUUAAAGAAUGACGGGCAGGUCCCUUGUCACUUUGCUUUCAUACCUAAACUGAAUGACACGCUGUACUGCAAGUCGUGGCUACGUGCAGAACCCAGUGAGGGAUUCUUGGAACCAAACGAGACCCUGGAGAUCUACCUAGAAGUCUACGUCAGUAAAGACUCUGUCACGCUCCUCAACUCCGGAGAAGACGUCAUCGAAGACAUCCUGGUGCUCCACCUCGACCGAGGGAAGGACUACUUCAUCACCAUCUCCGGCAACUACUUGCCCAGCUGCUUCGGCACUUCGUUGGAGACCCUGUGCCGAAUGAAGAAGCCCAUCCGGGAAAUCCCCAUCACGAAACUCAUCGACUUGGAGAAGUCCAAGGUGAACUUCCUUUUGAUGGAUGGUGCAAGCACAGAAGACAAACCUCUAAAGAUCCCCAAAGAAGUGUGGAUUCUGGUCAACCACCUUUUCACUAAGGCCUGUGAUCAAGAAGACCUGUUCCAAACGCCAGGUUUAAAAGAGGAACUACAGAGCAUCAUUGACAGUCUUGAUACCAGCAUUCCAGACACAGUCCCUGGUUGCAACCACUCUGUGGCCGAGGCUCUGUUGAUCUUCUUAGAGGCCUUGCCGGAGCCAGUCGUGUGCUAUGAACUCUACCAACGGUGCCUGGACUGUGCCCACGACAGCCGGCUCUGCAAACAGUUGGUCUCCCAGCUGCCUCGAGCCCACCGUAAUGUGUUCCGCUACUUGAUGGGUUUUCUGAAGGAGCUGCUCAAGCAUGCGCAUAACAACAACCUCACAGCUAACCUCAUUGCCACCCUCUUUGCCAGCCUGCUCAUCCGACCUCCUCCCAGCACGGCGAGCCGACAGACAUCCCACGACCGACAAAAAGCCAUCGACUUUGUCUUGGGUUUCCUCAUGGCGGGAGAUGAAGACUAA